AUGGAGGGGGCCUUUACCCUUGCUGGGCCUAGGAUGGAUUGGGACACUGUGGCGGGAGUGCUCCGACUGGUUUGGCUGGGUACGCUCAGGUUCCCGGAUAAGGCUACAUUGGGAGCCCUGGGCUUGAUUCAUCUCCCAGUUACGCUUCAGUGUGCGGUGGUCAUGCUCGAGCUCGACGUUCUUAGCAUGAAGAUGGUCAUAUUUCUCGGACAUCUUGGUGACACUGGCGCGGAGGCUCUCCAGUUCUGCCUGGAGAUUGGCAUAUGCUGA